GCAAAUUUAAAAUUGAACAACAUUCUAACAACAAAUAUACAUUGCAAUUUGCAAUUGACAAUAAAUUCGAGACUAUCGAAUUAUAAGUGACAGCAAAGUGAAGACAUCAAGUGCAGUAGUACGAAAAUAGAAAGAGAGGCAAAGAACUCGAAGAAAUACAAAACAAAAAGUCAUUGACGCUCUCGUUCUGUCGACGUCGACGUUGGCGUCGCCCAAAAACAGCUGUCUUUCGAUUUGCGCUCUCUUACGCUCUUCCGCUCUCUUGGAAAUUCAGCGGUGCGCGUCAAUUCAGCUCUGCGCUCUCCGUUCUCUCUCUCUCUCCGCGUUGGCUGAAUGCGGAAAAUUACAAAAAAUUAACAACAUCGAAACGUCGUGUUUCAUUUCGCUUGCGCUGCUCAACGGGAACGGACGUGUUUUGAGCUAAUUUCCCUGCCUAUUAAAAAGAAAACAAGAAACGGAAAAAGAAAACAAAAUAUAUUGAAAACAGCAAGAACUGUAAACGCGUGUAUUUUGCAUUAAAAGACUGAAACAAUAACAAACAAAAUACAACAAAAACACUCAACUUGCAGCUAAAAUAGAUUACAACUAAAAAUAAAAACCAAGACUGAUUACAAUAAAAACUAAAAAGAACUGCAAGCAAAAGUAAAAUUUAACAAAUAAAACAAACAACAGCAACAACAUAUGGAUUAAGGUUCCUCACACACACACAACAAACACAAACAUAAUUCUAACACACACACACACAACAGCUACAAACGGAUAUCACAACUGCAGCUGUCUCGCUCUAUCUCUUUGGAUUACCAGUGCCAAUAUCUCAAAAUCAAAUUGAAAAUACAAGAAAAAAGUGAAGUGAAAACAAAAGUUGCAAACGCAAAAAUCUCAAAACGAAAAUGCAAUGCUAAAACAACAAAAGCAAAGUUCAUAACUGCGAAGCGAAAAAGCAAAAGCAAAAAGCAAACGCAACAACAAAAACAACAGCAUCAGCAAGCAACAACAACAAAGUCAAAAAUGACGAUGGCUGCUUGCUAUGCAAACUAUGACAUGUCGUCCAUGUCUUCUCUCUCGCUUUCGCACAGCAUGUCGGCAGCUCUGCAGCAGCAACAGCAGCAGCAGCAGCAACAACAGCAGCAGCAGCAGCAACAACAACAGUUGCAGCAGCAGCAACAGCAGCAACAUCAUCAUCAACAGCAACAGCAGCAACAACACAUGUAUCACGCUGCAGUUGCUGCACAUCAGCAACAGUUGCUGCAACAGCAGCAGCAGCAACAACAGCAGCAACGUCAGCAACAUCAACCCGCCAACAACAACAACACACGUCUCAGCCACGGCGCUGCGGCGGCGGCGGCGGCAGCAGCACAGCAAACGCAUGUGGCUGCCGCCGUCGCUGCCAGCAACCAGCGUCAGCAGAGCAGCAGCAACACCAACAGCAGCAGCAACAACAGCAGCAACAAUGCUGUCACUGUCGCCAGCAACAGCAGCAGCAGCUCUGCCGCAGUCAACAAGGACUACAGCAUUCCACUGCACGUCGACUGCAGCGUCGAAUACGAGCUGCCCAAUCAGCCAAAGCCGCCCGCCGGGCAGCGCGUUGAGCCGCUGCUGAUGAUUCAUCCCUGCUACUUUCGCAAAAUGGAGUCGCAGCGCCGCAGCCCCUUCGUCAACAACAUGCAGGCGACGGCGACUGCGCGCAGUGCCGCCAGCAGCGCGGUGAGCAGCGCCGCUGCCUUGGGCUCCAGCUCUGCGGCUGCAGCGCCCAGCAGCGCUGCCAGGCGCAAGACUCAGAUGCAGCAGCAGCAACAGCAGCAGCAGCAACAACAACAGCAGCAGCAGCGGCAGGCAGCGUAUCAGCAGCAACUGCGUCAGCAGCAGCAGCAACAACAAAUGUCACAAAUGUCGCAGCAGGCGUUGUAUCCAGUGCAGCAACAGCAGCAGCAGCAACAACAGCAGCAGCAGCAACAACUGCGCCAGCAGCAACAGCAGCAGCAGCAACAACAACAGCGCAACCAAAGUCGUCAAAGCCAAAGCCAUUCAGCCACCUCAGCAGCAGCGACGUCUGCGUCGAAUCAAUGGGAACAAUUGACGCAGCAGCAGCAACAACAUUCACACAUACACUCUCACGGACACACACAUGCGCACUCUCACACACACACACAACACCAACAGCAGCAGCAGCAGCAACAUAUGCAGCAUGCAGCGACGCUUUACUCAGCCAAAAGCUCAGCUGCAGUCAACUCCGCCGUCACCUCCUCAGCCAACGCCGCUGCCGCUGCGGCUGCUGGCAAACGCGAUGCGUUAAUUUCGGGCAGCAGCAGCUAUGCCAGCAGCGCUGCCGUCGCCAAACAGCAGCAGCACUGCCUCCCACCCCCCGUUGCGCCUUGGGAUGCGACUGCGGCGGCAGCGGCGGCUGCGCUGCUGAUCGAUCGGUCGCCGAUGGCAACAGUUCCUAGCAAUUAUCAGGCCGGUCCUGAGGCCACGCCCAUGCACCGCCUGCCGCCGCCGCCCCCACAGGCGGCAGCAGCGACCGACAAGCUGAGCGGCAAAUAUCGCCAAUAUUUGCGCACUCAGCAUCGCAUGCAUCCCUACGCAGCAGCGGCGGCGGCAGCGGCGUCGCUGGCCGCGGCUGCAGCUGGCGCCAACUUGGGGCCGGCGUCGUUUGUACCCUUUGGCUCAGCGGCGGCGGCAGCGACGUCGGCAACGGCAGCAGCGCCAACAUUCCAGCAACUGCAGCAAAUCUCCUGCUACAACGUGUGAUCCAACAACAACAACAACAGCAAAGGCAACAACAACAACAGCAGCAGCAGCAGCAACAUCAAUUGAGACAGACGCUUACCAAGUAAACGUCAAUGAAAGAAAAAAGAAA